UGUUUCUAAUACUAAACAGUAAUAUAUCUCCGGACGUGUCCAGUCUUACCCACGUUUCAUCAGCACGCUAUUUUGCUUAUUUUACUUCACCGCGGGUCUAUCACGCUUCAGCACCUGGACAGCUCCCCCUUUCUAUAAGACCUAUAUUUGGCAUCCGGAGUCCCAGAUUUAACUCCGAAUGGGGGGAGGACCCUCCGUUACCAGCAAAGAGUGGCUGAUGCCUUCGUCCACAUCCAGCAAUGCACUUAUAUAGUUUCGUGACGUGUCAGAGACUCUGGAUCGCGCCUUGGUGAAUGAUGAUGAUGCCUUCGCUACGGAGCGAGCUGUUUCGUCGUGCCCCGUACUCCCAGCAGCGGAUGGGCUGCCUGCCCAGUACCAAACUACCAAGGAUAGCAAGCCACACAUUGCGAUCGCGGAGCUUCCAGUACUGUAGUCAUCGCCAGAGGCAUUAUCGUCGUUACCGAGAGGGCAGAAUAACACUGUCAAUAAUGUAAUUCGGAAGAGAUGAAAUACUGAGACUUCGUGCUGGAAUGCAUAUAGUAGGUUCAUUAUGAGAGAAGCAUAAUUACUUUUGGGAAAGCUGGAGAAAUUGAAGUCAAGUGGAACUGCUCCCUGUACCUUCAACAUGGCCGACCCUGGGAUGGUGCAGCAGGCUGGUUAUACAGACCUAGAAAGCAUCUCCCAGCAGAUGGAGGAGGACAACCAGCACAUCACCCCAGUUCAGCUUGUUAGCUUUGGCUACCGGGACUUCCCACUGGCAACAUUGGACCUCUCUAUGGCUGGAUCACAGCUGCUUUCCAACCUGGAUGAGGAGGAUACCAGGGAGGGGUCCAACUGGCUGAAACCGUGCUGUGGUUGGAAGACAAGUCUCUGGCAAAUCUUUCUGCUCAGCGUUGGAUUCAAUUGUGUCCUGGUAGCCUGUGUCAUGCUAGUGGUGCUGCUGCUGGCCUUGGAGCUCCUAAUAGAUACCAAACUCCUUCAGUUCGUCAACGCAUUCCAGUUCGCAAGCAUCAUACACUGGACCAGCCUGGUCAUCCUGUCUUUGUUCUUCUUUGAGACUAUUUUCCGCAUUGUGGUUUUAGGGAUCUGGGAUUACAUUGAGAACAAGGUUGAGGUGUUUGACGGUGCUGUCAUCGUGCUCUCCUUGGCCCCAAUGGUGGCCUCUACGGUGGCCAAUGGGCCCAGUAGCCCCUGGGAUGCCAUCAGCCUCAUCAUCACGCUGCGCAUCUGGAGGGUCAAGAGAGUCAUUGAUGCCUACGUGCUCCAGGUGAAGCUGGAGAUGGAUCUGGAGCUGCAGCAGUAUGAGAAGACCAAGGCUCUUAGAGAGGAACAGCUGGAACGCCUGACACAGAUCUGCCAGGAGCAGGCGUUUGAGAUCCGGCAACUGCGAGCCCACCUGGCCCAGCAGGAUCUGGACCUGGCCGCGGAGCGUCAGGCCGCCAUAAAGAUGCACCCGGGCUGGACCACACGGGACGCCGCCUUCCAGGUCCUGGAGGGUCUGGGCCCUGGGGAGGUGGAUGGCGAAGGUCCAAGCACCAGGGAGAAUUGCUCCCGUGCAGAGUCUGUAGUUCAUGACGACAUGAACAACUACAUCAGCCAGUACUACAGUGAGUCGGGCAGAGGCACCCAUGGGGCACGUGUCAUCACCACCACAGCCAUCGAGGUACACCUGUCUGACCACGGGCUGCUGAGCGGCGACCCUCCCAGUGUGUCAGUCACCCACUCGCCCCGGCCGGAUCCCAGCCUUCGGGUCACCCACUCGCCCCGGCCAGAUGUCAGUGCUCACGUCGCACACCUACCCCGACCGGAUCCUAACGCUCCGGUCGCACACCUACCCCAGCCGGAUCCCAGUGUUCUGGCCGCACACUCGGCCCGGCUGGAUCCAAGUGCCGUGGUGCAGGAGCUGCUGUCUUCGCUGUCAGAGGACUCCUGCCUGGCCCAGAAGGGCCUGGACCCCGUCAACCUGAAGAUGCCCAGCCCAGAGAUGGAGCACAGGAUCAACCUCUACAACAAGAAGAACCAGGAGAACCUCAACGUGCUCCACACCAAGCCACUGAUACACCUGCAGCCUUCGCUGGAGGAGAAGUGUAAACUCCGCAAGCCGCCCGACCCCCCCCUGGGCCGCGUGCCCGAGUCGUAGCGAGCUGAGGGUUACAGAGCUCCAUCCAGAAUCCAUUCUGAACAGCCCUUCCUGUCCGGACUAGGAGAAACAGAACUGUACCACCAUAGGAAGUGUGUGACCAUUUUUGUGAAAGCGCCGACCACACUGACAAGGUUAUGCAUUAAGUGCAUCUGAAACCACAGACAGUCUUCUUGUCAGUGCCAAGGGGUUGGAAUGGAUUCAGACAU